UAGCUAGCUGAUGAUGCAGUCACUCACAGUCUCUCUCUCUCCUGCGCAUAUUCCUGGGCUUCGUCAAUGGCUUAGAACAGAACAGAAUCUUACAAAAAGCGUCGAGAUUUACAAAUCAAUCUAUUGGGUUUCUCAGAUUUGUUCAAGAUCUUUGUUUAAUCUAAGGGAGACACGCAUAUGAGUUAUUUGGCUCCUGUAAUGGAGAAGCAAGAGAGCUUUCGAGGUAACUCUGUGGAGGAACAGCAGAGUCUCAGAUGCGUUAGAAAGGGAAGAGCUUUGGAGAAGCAAGUUAGUUUCCUAGCUGGGAAUGUUGUAGAGAAACAUGAAAUCAAAGGAAGAGCAAUGGAGAAUCAAGAGAGGCCAAUGGAGAGGCAGAGAAGCUUCCGUGGGUUCGUUGAGAAGCAGAAAAGCUUUAGGGUAGUGAUGGAGAGACAGUUAAGUUUCAUGCAUGGUGGUAAAAGAGGGGACUCUCCUCUUCAUAUCGGAGCUCGAACAGGGAAUUUGGGAAAGGUUAUGAAAUUGAUUCGAGGCUGUAACGGCAUUGAAGAGUUGAAGGAGUUGUCAUCAAAGCAGAACCUAGAAGGAGAGACUCCUCUUUAUAGUGCAGCAGAAAAUGGGCAUUCGUUAGUUGUUGAACAGAUGUUGAAACAUAUGGACCUUGAUACUGCAUCAAUUAAAGCUCGCAACGGUUUUGAUCCUUUCCAUAUCGCUGCAAAACAAGGCCAUCUCGAGGCAUUGAAGAAAUUGUUGGAGACAUUUCCGAAUCUGGCUACGGUGGAUUUAUCGUGUACAACUGCAUUGCACACGGCUGCCACACAAGGACACAUUGAUGUGGUGAAUCUUCUUUUAAAGACAGAUUCUCAUUUAGCUAAGAUAGCUAAGAACAAUGGUAAAACUGCGCUUCAUUCUGCAGCGCGAAUGGGGCACAGAGAAGUGGUUAAAUCUUUGAUAGGUAAUGAUGCAAGCAUCGGGUUUAGAACCGAUAAAAAAGGACAAACAGCGCUUCACAUGGCUGUCAAAGGUCAAAACGAAGGGAUUGUUCUUGAUUUGGUGAAACCAGAUCCUGCGGUUUUGAGUGUUGAGGAUAACAAAGGGAAUACACCAUUGCACAUUGCCACAAACAAAGGCCGUAUUAAGAUUGUGCGAUGUUUGGUAUCAUUUGAUGGAAUUAACCUCAAUGCUAUGAAUAAGGCUGGAGAUACUGCACUUGAUAUAGCUGAAAAGAUUGGAAACCCAGAGCUUGUGUCGGUUCUGAAGGAAGCAGGAGCUCCUACAGCUAAAGAUCUUGGGAAGCCUCAAAACCCGGCUAAGCAACUUAAGCAAACGGUCAGCGACAUUAAACACGAGGUACAAUCUCAGCUCCAACAGUCUCGCCAAACGGGUGUUAGGGUUCGGAGAAUCGCAAAGAGACUGAAGAAGCUUCACAUUAACAGUUUAAACAACGCUAUAAACUCAGCAACCGUUGUUGCUGUCCUAAUCGCAACAAUUGCAUUUGCAGCAAUCUUCACUAUUCCUGGGCAAUAUGAAGAAGACAGGACAAAGGGACUGUUGUUGUUAGGAGAAGCCCGCAUAGCCAACAAAGCCCCGUUUUUAAUCUUCUUCAUAUUCGACAGCUUGGCGCUGUUCAUAUCUUUGGCUGUUGUUGUGGUGCAGACUUCAGUUGUGGUGAUUGAGCAGAAGGCAAAGAAGAAGCUUGUGUUUGUGAUCAACAAGCUCAUGUGGUUGGCUUGUUUGUUCAUAUCCAUUGCCUUUGUUUCUCUUUCGUUUAUCAUUGUGGGUAAGGAGGACAUUUGGCUGGCGAUUUGUGCAACGCUUAUUGGCGGGACGAUUAUGCUAACCACGAUAGGUGCGAUGUGUUACUGUGUGGUCAUGCAUAGGAUUGAGGAAUCUAAACUAAAAAGCUUAAGGAAAGAGAGAAGCAAAUCGAAAUCUUUCUCACUCUCUCAUAUGCCUUUAGAGUCAGAGAUUCUCAACGGCGAAUUCAACAAGAGAAUGUAUGCACUCUGAGACUAAAAUCUCCAGAACACAGUUUAAUGUAAGAGUAACAAAUGUAUA